UCGCCGCCUUUCAGAGAUCCGCGGGGACCAUUUGAUAUGCGCAAUAUUGGUGGUCUUCAUCGCGGCAUUGGUAUCUCAUUUGACAGGAGCUGUGUGGGCAGUAGGUUUGGGAUAUGACGCUAUUCAAUUUCUUUAAGAGGCACAGGGAGGUCAGACAGCAGCUAGUGAAUGAAAUGUAAAAAUUCCUGGCGGGAUGACACAUUUCCAGAGUGCUGUUGGAACAUGGGCAUUCAGAGACGAGGAUGCGCGCUCGAUGGCGACGGAGGCGGCGGAGGCGCCCGAGCAUCGCACGGUAUAUCUCAACAAGGAGCAGCCGGCCAACAAGUGCGUCUCCAACGCCAUCACCACCGCCAAGUACAGCGUCUUCUCCUUCCUGCCCAAGUUCUUGUUUGAGCAGUUCCGCCGCUACUCAAACAUAUUCUUCCUGUUCAUCGCGCUGCUGCAGCAAAUACCGGAUGUGUCUCCUACCGGCAAGUACACCACGCUGACGCCACUGGUGUGCAUCCUGACCAUAUCGGCCGUCAAGGAGUUCAUAGAGGACUGGAAGCGGCACCGCGCCGACGACGAGGUCAACAACCGCCAGGUGGAGGUGCUGGACGAACACAACUGGCGCUGGAAGCGCUGGGCCGAGGUGGGCGUCGGCGACUUCUGCAAAAUCCGCAGCGACCACUACUUUCCAGCCGACCUGAUGCUGCUCUCCUCCAGUGAGCCGCAGGGCUUGUGCUACAUCGAGACGGCCAACCUGGACGGGGAGACGAACCUCAAGAUCCGCCAGAGCCUGCCGGCGACGGCGCGGCUGCUGGACACGCGCGACCUGGACCAGCUGAGCGCCCGCGUCGACUGCGAGCCGCCCAGCCGGGUCCUAUACGAGUUUGUCGGCACGCUGAAGGAGACCGGCAAAUCAGAGGUGGCGCUGGGCCCGAACCAGCUGCUGCUGCGCGGCGCCAAGCUAAAGAACACCACAUGGGUGUUCGGCGCUGUCGUCUACACCGGCCACGAGACCAAGUUGAUGAAGAACUCGUCGCCGGCGCCGCUGAAGCGCUCGACGGUGGACCAGCGCACCAACACGCAGAUCCUGUUCCUGUUCGGCCUGCUGGUGGUCCUGUGCGUUAUAAGCGCGGUGGCCAGCGAGUUCUGGACGGUGCGACACCAGGCUACCGACUGGUACCUCGGCCUUGACGAGAUGUCGACUGUCAAUUUCGGAUACAACCUCCUGACGUUUAUAAUCCUGUACAACAACCUGAUUCCGAUAUCGUUGCAAGUCACCGUUGAGAUUGCUAGGUUUAUCCAGGCCCUUUACAUAAAUAUGGACCAUGAGAUGUACUACGAGCCGACGGACACGCCGGCCAUGGCUCGCACUUCCAACCUGAACGAGGAGCUGGGCCAGGUCAAGUACGUGCUCACGGACAAGACGGGCACGCUCACCCAGAACGUGAUGGAGUUUAAAAAGUGCACCAUCGCCGGCACCAAGUACAGCUCGGCCGAGGAGCUGGAUGCUGCGUUGAAGGACCGCGACCCCAGCCUGCAGUCGGGUGACGUUAUCCAGGACUUCCUGCUGAUGGUGGCGGUGUGUCACACUGUGAUCCCCGAGGAGCAGGAGCGCGCCUCCGGCAAGGUCGUCUACCACGCCGCCAGUCCAGACGAGCGCGCCCUGGUGGAGGGCGCCAGCCGCCUGGGCUACACCUUCACCACGCGCACGCCGCAGACGCUCUCGGUGGAUGUGCACGGCCAGCUGCUGCAGAUCGAGGUGCUGAACGUCCUCGAGUUCACCAGCACCAGGAAGCGCAUGUCGGUGAUCAUCCGCCAACCCAACGGGCGUAUCCAGUUGAUGUGCAAGGGCGCCGACACGGUCAUCUACGAGCGGCUGGGCGACCCGCGCUACAAGGACGAGACGCUCUCGCACCUGGCCGAGUUUGCCAGCGAGGGCCUGCGCACGCUCUGCCUGGCCGUGGCUGACAUCGGCGACCAGGAGUACACGGAAUGGAUGGAGACCUACCACAAGGCGUCGACGGCGAUCCAGUGCCGCGAGGAGAAGAUCGAGGACGCUGCCCGGCUGAUCGAGACCAACCUGGUGCUGCUCGGCGCCACCGCCAUCGAGGACAAGCUGCAGGACCAGGUGCCCGAGACCAUCGAGUCGCUGCUGGCGGCCGAUAUUCACGUCUGGGUGCUGACCGGCGACAAGCAGGAGACGGCCAUCAACAUCGGCCACUCGUCCCGCCUGCUCCACUCCAAGAUGCCGCUGCUGCUUCUCAACGAGGACGGACUGGACCGGACACGCGCCGUGGUGACGGAGCGGCUGAACGAGAUGCGGGAGCACCGCGAGGAGGCCGGCCAGGUGGCGCUCAUCAUCGACGGCCGAACGCUGCAGUACGCGCUGACGCACGAGCUGCGCGCCGAGUUCAUGGAGCUUUGCCUGGGCUGCCGCAGCGUCAUCUGCUGCCGCGUCAGUCCCGGCCAGAAGGCUGAGAUCACCGAGCUGGUGACGCAGCAGACCAAGGCCGUCACGCUGGCCAUCGGCGACGGCGCCAACGACGUGGCCAUGAUCCAGGCGGCGCACGUGGGCGUGGGCAUCGCCGGCGUGGAGGGCCUGCAGGCGGCGCACGCCUCGGACUACGCCAUCGGCCAGUUCCGCUUCCUGGCCCGCCUGCUGCUCGUGCACGGCGCCUGGAACUACAGCCGGCUGACGAACGUCAUCCUGUACAGCUUCUACAAGAACAUCUGCCUGUACGUGGUGGAGCUGUGGUACGCCAUCUACUCCGGCUGGUCCGGGCAGGUGGUAUUCGAACGCUGGACCAUCGCCGCCUACAAUCUGCUCUUCACCUCCGUGCCGCCGCUCAUCAUGGGCUUCAUCGACCGCUCGUGCAGCGCCGAGACGCGUAUGAAGUACCCCCAGCUCUACAAAACCUCACAGCAGGGACAGCUCUUCAGCGUCCAGGUUUUCUGGCUGUGGAUCAUCAACGCGUUGGUACACUCGGUGAUGCUGUUCUGGCUGUCGUUCGGCGCCAUGGAGCAGGACGUGGCGUGGUCCAGCGGCAGGAAUGCUGGCUACCUCAUGCUCGGCAACAUGGUCUACACGUACGUGGUGGUGACGGUGUCGCUGAAGGCUGGUCUGGAGAUGAAGGCCUGGACGUGCCUGACCCACCUGGCCAUCUGGGGCUCGAUCGUCGUCUGGUUCGUCUUUCUCUUCGUGUACGCCCAGCUGCCGUUGGCGGACGACAUCCUCGGCCUGCACACCAUGAUCUUCAGCUCGCCCGUCUUCUGGUUUGGCCUGCUUCUGGUGCCGACCGUCACCAUACUGCCAGACGUGCUGUUCAAGAGCGUCGUCAACACCGUGAGCACGUCGCUGACGGACAAAGUGCGGGAGAGCGAGAUCAACUCCAAGGACCCGGCCGUUCUGCUGGCCGGAGACGGCAAGCAAAAGCUGACGGAGACGGCGCGGCUGCUGCGCAACGUCAAGAACGUGUUCCGACGCACCACCACCCGCGUCGACCUGGAGGUAGAGCUCUCCCAUGGAUAUGCGUUCUCUCAGGAAGAGGGUGGGGCCGUGGCCCAGGCUGCUAUAAUUAGAGCGUAUGACACAACUCGGCCCAAACCCACCGGCAUGUAACUUGGCCUUGGGCGGGCUCGCGAUGCUGCCAGCGCAAGACUCGACGUUCGCGUCGGCAAAAGGUCGGCAUUCAAGGUCUCCGUGGAUGUGUGGCACGAGCCCCAAGACCACCGCACUUAAGAUGUUUGUAAGUGAUGCAUGGCAAGACCAGUCCCAUUUUCACAGGCAUGUUAGCUUACGGCAAGACCGGCCCCGCCCUGGGGCCGGACGGCGCUUAGUCGGUCUGUAAGUUGAUAUGUGACAUGGCAAUGGCCUCGCCGCCAUGUAGGCGGUGUUGUGAACGGCGCGACGUCGCGAGUAUAUGAAAAGCACCGCAGUGCAGAAGCCGCUGCGACUGGCGCAUGUCGUCGCUCGCUGCUCGCUGCUUAUGGGCGGAUCGUCCAUGAGCCAAAUGAAAGAGAGGUUGGUCGCUGGGUUCGCUUCGGCGUAGCUGCUUUGUCAUCAUCGUACUCGUAACCGGUUUCUGUUGUAAUGUGCCCGUCAAAUGACCCGCAUUCUCGCACUCCACACAUUCAGCUGCGAGUCCAUCGAGGCACACGUGUUCCUCCCCGGCAUGCCACGACGUGCCCGAGCAUCGGGUCGCGCAGGUGACUCCCAAGGUCGACGGGCGUGACGUGGGGCCCGACGAUCGCCACCUGUCGGGCCACAGCGGGAUCCACCUGACGGCCCACCCGUGCACUCUCCGCUGUUGUGUGCGCCGCCGCGGGGCCGUGCCGUGCCGUCUCCGGGUGCGGUGCGGCGGGCGCCGCCGCGGCCGCACACUCCCGUCGGGGUGGGACGAUGGCGCGACGCUCGGACGGCCUGGGGGCACCGCCCUGCCCAAUCAGGCGCCCCUGCCGCGUCGGCGGCGCUGAUCGACGGCGUGUCUGCCGUCGGCUGGUCUGCUGCCAGCCGACGGCGUCCGUGCCCCCCCCCCCCCCCCCUCCCACCGACCAUCGCCGGCGCCGGGACGGCGAGGGCAGCCAACUGCAUGGCAGCCCAGCGUGGGCAGGACUCGGGCAUUACCGGAGCGGGCGGAGGGCAGUGGGGCUGGGAAGUGCUGUGAGUUGCGCACGCUGGCGGAGGAGGCGCGACACCGCUCGAAGAACUGCGAAGGAAUGCACGUUUGAUAUCGACGAAGAUCAAUCUAAUCGGUUGAUUUCACAACAGGCUUGUUCGAUUCGCUUGCGGUGGUUUUGUUGAUGCAUUCGCCUGGUACAAAUGUGUUCUGAUCUCAGUUGUUUUACGCGUUCGGUCGUGGGCGACUCGCUGGAGGGUACGCUUCGCGCGCAGCGUGCGCGCAUGGAUGGGGAACACUAUGUUGGGGUGGUUGGCUACGGCGGUCGUCAGUCGACUGGCGAGAGUUGUCUGGAAAGAGGCGUGCUUGCGCUCCCGCUGAUGCAUUAAAGUCUUCUCGGGCGAGGGACGUUUGUUAUACCGUGUGAUUUGUUCGAUGCCCGUGGUACGGGGCCGAGGCGCGCUGUCCCCGUUCGCGGCGCAGGCUCGCCGGGGCUCGCGAUUUUUAUUAUGUUGUUUCUCUCGGCUAUGCGUUGCUCGCUGGUGUCGGCUGCCGCAGAGCAACACCGUUCUGGUCAUGACAAGGUUGCACAGGUACCGAGUCGUGGGCGCGCGCGAGUGAUCCGAGCCCGGGCGUCGUGGCUUCCCAUCGGGAGAAGUAUCAUGCCCUUUCUGUGCGAAUUCAUGUAUCAAUACAUGUGCAUACCGCU